UGCAACCUGCCUCCGCUGCAUCCCUGAAUCCCGGGUUAGCGGACCGGCCUGGACAGGGUGGUAGCGGUUCAGUCCGCCUGGAGCCGCCGGAUACACCGGAACAGACCGGAACGCGGCACCGGGGAAGAGGAGAAAGCCUCCAUAGCAACAAACCGGUUUCACGGCAUUAUUGUGAUGGAGGGAUGUUGAGGUCGCUGGAAGACAAAGUGUGACUGGGACAGAAGCCCCCCGAACAUACCGGAUUACCAGGACUACAAACAAUUGUGCCAGGUGUAAAGCAGAACUUCUGGGACUCACCUGGCUUGGACAGGGUCUACACUACAAUAUACUGGUUCAGAGCCGGAUCAGCUGGGUUAGAGAAACUGUACAGAGGGUCAUUACAAGGACGUGUCCAAAUCAGCAAGUGGUGAACAGACGUUUGCUGAGAUAACUGUGGACUUCAUGGAUUUAACAUUCUUCAUUUGAGCUUGAAAUCAGUUGUAAGAAAAACCUUUUGGGGGAAAGAAGUGCUUGAAAUGACUAUCCUAUAAUUGGACAGGCCGAGGUUUGCUGCCGCUAAUAUGGACAGUGUCCAUCUAUAGCCAUCACAGCGUCGAAGUGGCCUUUAGCAAAACGCCGGACUCCGGCCUGAUCAAUCACUGCACGUCACUGGAUUACAGCAUCAAUGAAAUACUUGAAUCUUACUGGACUGCAAAGCAUUUUAGACGUCUGCAUGUUGAACGUCACAAGGAUUACAGCCGGGUUUUGAGAAUCCAAAGCCACAUUUUGAGGACUGCAACCAGAUUACUGCGUCUAAAAGUCAAAAAGGCUGCUGGUUUGACAUCACUCUUGAUGGGAUUAUAAAAUAUCCUGGUACUAGAAAAAUUACUUGCUGCCGGGUGUACAAGCGAGUCACCAAGCUUACAGCACAUCUUAUCAGGACUACACAGCAAGUUCUUCAAACUACAGCCAGGGUAGUCUCGCAGUAAGAAGCUCGAAACAAGGACCAUCGCUGUUGGAAGAUGAAUCUUUAGUAGCAGGGACUCUGUUAAACACUACUGAACCAGUAUCCAUCAUGUCUUUGAGUAAGACCCUCGAGCUGGAGCACUUUGAUGAGCGUGACAAAGUUCGCCGUGGACGCUCGACCCGCACCAAGAGAGAUGACUCCACUGCCAGCGCCGGCGGUGGGGGGUCUGGCCCGAGCUCCAGGGGCAGCAGCCUGGUCCCUAGUCCUGCCCACAGCGCCAACUGCAGCUACUACCGGACCAGAACCUUGCAGGCCCUCACCUCGGAGAAAAAGGCCAAAAAGGUUCGGUUCUAUCGCAACGGGGACCGGUACUUUAAGGGUCUGGUUUAUGCUGUUUCCAGUGACCGGUUCCGCUCUUAUGAUGCUCUGCUCAUGGAGCUGACGCGCUCGUUGUCGGAUAACCUGCAUCUGCCGCAAGGGGUGCGCACGAUCUACACUAUAGACGGCGGCAAGAAGAUCACCAGUAUGGACGAGCUGGUGGAAGGUGAGUGCUACGUCUGUGCCUCCAACGAGCCUUUCCGAAAGGUCGACUACACCAAGAUCUCCAUCCCGAGCUGGAAGCCAGGCGCCAGCGCCGGGACGGGCUCUGCCGGCUCGAGCCGGCCCGCCACGGUGUCCGCGGGGGUGUCGGCGAGCGCCGCCGCCGCCGCCGCCCCCAAGGAUCGCCCCGAGGCUCGCGAGGGCAGAGAGAGCAAAGACUUCAUCAAGCCCAAGCUGGUGACGGUGAUCCGCAGCGGCGUGAAGCCUCGCAAGGCGGUGAGGAUCCUGCUGAACAAGAAGACGGCUCACUCCUUCGAGCAAGUGCUCGCCGACAUCACGGAGGCCAUCAAGCUGGACUCCGGCGCCGUCAAGAGGCUGUACACGCUGGACGGCAAACAGCUGACGUGUCUGCAGGACUUCUUCGGGGAUGACGAUGUGUUCAUGGCCUGUGGGCCAGAGAAGUUUCGCUACGCUCAGGACGACUUUGUGCUCACACACAGCAGCAAAACACCGGCUUUUGUUAACGAGUGCAGAGCUAAGGCGUCUCGCUCCACCACGGCUCCAAAAACUCCCAAGACUCCUAGCGGCUCCGGCUUCUCCUCCUCUAAGACUCCACCAAAAGGCCCGUCCAGGACCAAAUCACCUGGCCCAGCCAAUGAGUCGUCAGGAUCGCAGUCGGCUGGGAAGUCGUCCAGGUCCAGCCCCUCCUCCACCAGCCCCGGGACACGACGCAGCCUGAAGAUGUCUCCUCGUCGUGAUUCCUCCACCGACGUGAACGGUGAGGCCGAGCAGCCGGACGACACCGCCGUCGAAGUCAACGGCAACCGGUCCGUUUCCUCCUCCAUCAUCAACGAGAAGUACCAAGUCGGCAAGGUGAUCGGAGACGGAAACUUUGCUGUGGUGAAAGAGUGCGUGGAGAGGUCGACGGGACAAGAGUAUGCUCUGAAGAUCAUCGACAAAGCUCGCUGCUGCGGGAAGGAGCAUCUGAUAGAAAAUGAAGUGGCGGUGCUGCGGAGGGUUCGACAUCCCAGCAUCAUCCAGCUAAUCGAGGUGGACGAAACGCCCAGUCAGCUGUUCCUGGUCAUGGAGCUCGUCAAGGGUGGCGACCUGUUUGACGCCAUCACCUCCUCCACAAAGUACAGCGAGCGUGACGCCAGCGCCAUGGUGUUCAACCUGGCGGGAGCCAUCAAGUACCUGCACCGAAUGAACAUCGUCCACCGAGACAUCAAGCCAGAGAACCUGCUGGUGUGCGAGUAUCCGGACGGCACUAAAUCACUGAAGCUGGGGGACUUUGGUUUGGCGACAGUGGUGGAGGGGCCGCUGUACACGGUGUGCGGCACGCCGACCUACGUCGCCCCGGAGAUCAUCGCUGAGACGGGGUAUGGUCUGAAGGUGGAUAUCUGGGCGGCGGGAGUGAUCACCUACAUCCUGCUGUGUGGAUUCCCGCCAUUUAGAAGUGAGAACAAUGUGCAGGAGGAGCUGUUCGAUCAGAUCCUCAGAGGGAAGCUGGAGUUUCCAUCUCCAGACUGGGACGCCAUCAGCCUGCCAGCGAAGAUGCUGAUUAGUCAGAUGCUGCAGGUGAACGUGGACACUCGUUUCACUGCCGAGGAGGUCCUGUCACACCCCUGGGUGACGGAUGAUGCUCCCGUAGACUUCAACACUGUGAGCAGCACUGAGGACCAGACCAGUGGAGACGCACUGGAAGCAGAGCAUGAAUCACCAGUACUGGAAACCAAACAAGUUCCUUCACCGCUGGUCUAGAACUCGCCCCCCUUUCAUCCACUGGAAACUCGAAACUGCUUGUUUGAUCUACUGGAACCCCGUAACGUCUCUGUUCCUUCACCUUCAUUGUAGAACACUUAGUUUUAUCUACUGGAAGUCAAACAGGUACACUACCAUCUGGUCUAGGAUGGGACCUGUUUUUCCCAGACUGGAAACUGGAUGAGUUUUCUCAAAUCUGAACCAGAAUACAUCACCAUGCAUCAGACUUUUUAUCUACUGGAAACCAGUUCCCUCAUUUUUGAUCUAGAACGCGUUCCCAUUCAUUGACUGAAAACUGAGCAAGUUCCCUUAGAUCUGGUCUAGAAUCAUUCCUGUUUCAUCUACUAGAAUCCAUCAAGAUCAGCCACCUUUGGUCCAGAACAUGCCCCCAGUCAUCUACUGAAAAACUGAGCAAGUUCCCUCAGAUCUGGUCUACAAUCUGCCCCAUUUUGUCUACUGAAAACCAAACAAAUGCCCCAACUGAGCAGCUUGCCUCACUGCUGGUCUGGAAGUGUCCUGGUGUUUCUACUGGACACAGAACCAGUUCCUUUACUUCUUGUCCAGAAGGUUCCCUCACCUCUGGUCUAGAAUGUGUUCCAUUUAAUUUAUUGGAAACCAAACAGGUUCCAUCAAAUCUGGUCGAGAACAUGUUCGCUUUCAUGAACUGGAAACCAAAUUCCCUAAAAUCUGCUCUAGAACUCGACCGGUUCUUCAACUGAAAACCAAAUGAGUUUCCUCUCCAACCAACUGGAAACCAAAUCAGUUCUCAAAUCUCUGGUCUAAAACAUGUCCAACAACAAACCCACAAGUUCUACAAGAACUUCACCCUUUCUUUCCACGUUCUUGAUUUAUGAACCCAAACUCCUCCUUUACUUCGAGUCUAGAAUCACUUCGGUUCUGCUCGACAACAGAUAAGCUUCCCUCUUGUUGGUCGUUAAAGUCAUUCAGAUUGAUCUACUGGAACCGAACAGGAUUCCUCGCUCUCAGUCUAGGACACAUGCUGUUUGCUCCACUGGACCUAAAUCCAGUUCUCCAUUGUCAUUUCCAGGUAAUCUCAUAGAAACGGUCCUUACCUCUGGUCGGACCAGCAUUUACUCUACUGAAGACUUUCACAAGUCCGUCUCUGCUGCUGUACUGGAAAGUAUUACCUUCUCUUUGAUGAAAUCAUUAAGAGUCAAACUCAUUUUGUUGGACACUAAUGAAGUCACCUCACUGCUGUUUGAAGGACAAACACCAUAUAAACACUGGGACACAUUAAGGUGCUAUUGGACACAUCCUGUUUCAUCACCCGGUGUCUCACGGGGCUGGACCCAGUUCCUGAAAAUGGCCGUUACCUCUCGUCUGACUGACGUUCAACUCCAAGGCUCUGAAGAAGGCAUAACACCACUUUCAUAAGGAUAUAAACAACUGAUUGAUGAACAAACCUUCCCUCUGGUUGAGGGACUAUUUUCUCUGUAGUCCCUGCCGCUCGGCAACCAGGAUGUCUUCCAUUUAUUCUGGGAAACGUCCCAUUUCUUCUGCCUUUACCCUCCAGCUCUCCUUCCGCUGACCUGAAGGAUGAAAGAUGCCUGCCGACCCAAGGAGACGUCUGAGUGCUGUCCCUGUUUAUGCUGCCGAUGAAUUCCUCCUGAUAUGUCCCCAGGUCCGACCCCUCAGACCCCUCAGACCCCAGCACUUGUCAUCGGCUGUAUAAACAGAAGGCUCAUUGUUUUUACCUUUGUUUUUGAAAGGAGCGGAUUGGCUUAAAGGAAUAGUUUGACGUUUGGGGAAAUACGCCUUCUUACCGAGUGUUGGAUGAGGAAAUUUGUACUAUUCUCAUGUCUGUACGUAAAGCCUGGAGCUGGAGCCUGGUGGUGAUUAGCCUAGCUUAGCCUAAAGACCAAAGGAGGCUAAAAGAACCAGGGGGUGGGGGGAAAAUGCUACUUUGUCUUAUCCAUAGUUAAAAAAAAGGGAAACUGUGCUCUCGUUCACAGAGAAAUUAUUCCAAAACCACAAAGUGUUGUUUGAACAAUAGUUUUCAGACGGAUUGAAGAAACGAGAUGCAGUGUGUGAGCAGUAAAUCAGCUUUGGAGGUGUCGGUAGACGCAUUUUUGAGCUUUGAAUAGAGCCUGGCUAGCUGUUUCCCCUGUUUCCAGUCUUUAUGCUAAGCUAGGCUAAUUACCUCAACUUAAGACAGUGAAGAAGUAUUUCCCAAAACGUGGAACCAAGCGUUUUAACUUGAGUACGUUCCUCCAAAUGUUCUUUUUAAAACCCAACAUCCGUUUGGA